AUGCCCAAGACACGCAACAUCCGCCCGAAACGACUACGGUCAACGUCACCCUCCCUAGAAACAGUCUCGUUCCCUACGUCGAAUCCCAGCCUAGCUCACCCACGCUUGCCGAAGAAGACGAACGCCCACUUCGGGAUCAUCGGCACUAACGACAACACAUCCAUCCCCAAUCCCAGGAUACGUCACAAUGGCGAAACCCAGCACGUACUAUCCGACAUCAACGCCAGAGAGAAUGCCAUUCUUCGACUCUUACUCAACCUCGUUACCAAUCGACCCUACCUCUUUCGCAUCAUGGGGCCUGACCUCGAAUGGUUACAACGAAGGGCCGGAGAACUCGGAUAUCAAUUGGAUCCAGAACGAAGCGCAUCCACGUCGCAAUCCCCUCCUGAAUCAAACGCCGACCCAAUCCCAGUACCUCCACCCUCCUCAUAUGCCAAUCCCCACGUUACCAUAUCCUCCAAUCACAACGGAUCCUCGGACUCAGAACCUCGCCACGGAAUACACCGUGUCCCAACUCCCAUGCCUGGAACUCGCUCCAAUGACCCAUCUUCCCCGCAAUCCACCUCUUCCAAUUCCACCCCUGAAUCUAACGCCUCUUCCACCCUUCCGAACCUCCCUGGACUGUUCCACGACUGGCUCACAAACCCAGCUACCCAUGCCCAGGCUAGCGCAGCCAUCAACGCCUGUGGAAAUGAGAGAGUCCAACGUUUUGCUCGCAAAUACAUCGAGGUUACAGAGGCAAUUAGAGAACGAAGAAAGGAAUUGGGACGAUUGGAGAUGGAGGAAGCCAGAUGCGAACGAAGCUUGGGAGCUCUCGACUGGGAUCGACGGAGCAUUGCAGGUACCCUUAUCGGUUUACGCGCAGAAUCUGUCAUCUUCCCCCACGUCUUUCCUACAGUCGGACUAUCAAAUUCUGGAACAGCAUCUCGACCAAGCCCACCCGAUACCUUCCCCAACCAAUCAACGAACUCCUUUGCCGUAUGGAAUUCGACGCCCCCAUCCUUCACCCUGUUGUCUACCCUAAUCCCUACCGCAAUGCCUAUCUCGCAUGGGUCAACGCCGACGACGCUUAUCAACCGCAGGAACACCCACUCCAACCCAUGGCCUAUCUCCACCAGCAUCCCCUCAUCAACAACCGUUCCCCAUCUCCACCUACCUUUCCCACUUCCAUGGCCCCCGAAUUCAAUUCUCCGUACAAGAGUCUCGAGGCGCGACUGA